GUGCUACAGUGUAGACUUUGCCAGUCAGUAGACUUCCUCUUAGGGUGUCAAGAUCGAGAAUGUCAUUUAAGAGAAAAACAGCCGUACAGACAACACCGAUAGAAUUGCCGAAAGGCGUUCGAUUAUCACCAAAAGACGCACGUUGGAUAACUAGCUCAGGUAGUACGUCGUUUGACUAUUAUCUUUUGGGAGGAAUCCCUCUACGGAGUCUACUAGUUGUGGAGGAAGAUUCCACCGAUUAUUCUUCAGUUUUGUUGAAAUUUUUUGCUGCAGAAGGACUUUUACAGGACCAUGCUGUUUGGCUAGGACCUUCAAUGGGCGAACCGUGGUUUCGUCAACUUCCCGCCGAAAAUGAGCGAGCAGCGAAAAGUGAGGAAUCUAAAUCAUCAGAAUCAUCUUCUUUUUCUAAUUCUGCGCAACAAAAUCGAAUGAAAAUUGCUUGGCGAUACGAGAAUACCUCAAAAACCAAAGUCCCUGCCCCCGAUGCAAUUCCCCCAGGCUUUACUCAUGCUUUUGACCUGACAAAACGUUUAACGAUUGGUUCUAAGAUGAUGAAAGCAGUCUCGCCUUUUCCGCUUGAAACAGGCUCAAAUCCGUUCAUCCCGGUUUUGGAAAGUCUUACCAGAUUCUUAGCUUCGUUGAAGCCAGGAACCGUAUGCCGACUUGUUUUACCAUCUCUACUUUCCCCUGCCUUUUAUUCCAUUCGAGCAACACAGCCACAGCACUUUAUACGCUUCAUCCAUUCACUUUCGUCUCUCAUAAAAUGCACUACCUCUGUGCAUAUUGUUUGCAUGUGCUCAGUUCCCUCUACCUUAUUUUCCAGGGAUUGCGAGCAAGUGUAUUGGUUAGAGUCUUUGGCCUCAGGUGUCUUCUCUUUGCACCCUUUUCCCAUCACGGAAACCAUCAAUGGUUUGGCCACUCAACCCCAAGGGCUAUUUAGGAUCCAUAAGCUUCCUCUUCCUUUGCCUUUUACAAACACAGAUAAUUCUAGUGAGGCAGGCGAUCUUUCGUUCACAGUAUCCAAGAGAAGAUUCACUAUUGAGCCAUGGGUUCUUCCUCCUCUGGACGAAGAAGAACCUGAAAAGAAAACAAGCAAUAAAGAUAAGUCUCAGCCUUCUUUAAAAUCAAUUGAAUUUUAGUGUUUAAUUGUGUUAGGGUUGGCUCUCUGGAGACCAAUUAGCGUUUUGGUUUUGUGUAUACGUUUAAAAAUGUGAAAACUGUUUUGUUUCUCUUAAUUGUAUAGUACGAUUUUGGUAUUGUUAAUAAAUGAAUAAAGUUCAAGCUUUUGCUAAAGUAUCCUCUUCUAACUUCAU